UCCGCGCGAUUCAGCGUCGGGCUCAACGGCUCCCCGCCGGCGGUGCGAGCUAGCGCGCGGCUAGCUGGCGCCAUCCGUUCGAAGCUGGGAACUCGCUCGCCAAAAAAGCCCACUCGAAGGAACACACAACAGUCUCCGCUGCUGCCCAGACCUCUCUUUUUGUACUCCGGCGACGACGUUCCGCCGUGCUUUCUCAAGUUUUUUUGUCACCGGUGUUUCGCUGCCACGCCAGUUUCGUGUUUGUAUUCUUACCCCGUAAGAAAACUCCGUUACCGUUCUCUUUUGUACCCCCCUUCGUCUGGCUCUAUUUACGGUGCGCCCCCGAAGAGAAGACGUCGUUCCUUUUGUCUACUCGUGUAAGCCAGUUUAUAUAUCUAUAUAACGCUAGUCGGGUUCUUCAACCGCCUUGUCUUCUGUCUCUGCUCAACGGCCAAGCGAGCGAACAGCGUCUGAUCGCCGCCGCCGACUGCCAGCUGUGUUUCCUGCGACCUUCUAGGCAAGCUAGCCGCUGUCGCCGGACUCCCGUGACACACACUUCGUCUUUGGAUGCAUUCCGUGGCCGACUCCUCGGAGGCAGGCGCGGCUCCCAGCAGGAUGCAGGUUGAGAUCCAGGUGGCGCUCAACUUCCUCGUCUCCUUUCUGUACAACAAGCUGCCCCGCAGACGGGUCAACCAGUUCGCCGAGGAACUGGACCGGGCGCUCAGGCGGAAGUUCCGGGGACACUGGUAUCCGGAGAAGCCAUACCGGGGCUCGGCGUUCCGCUGCGUGAAGACGUCACCUCCGCUGGACCCGGUGUUCCAGAUCGCGGCUCGGGAGAGCGGCGUUGACCUGCGGGAUGUCCGGGAGAACCUGCCCCCCGACCUCAGCAUCUGGAUAGAUCCCGGCGAGGUCUCCUACCGGAUCGGAGAGAAGGGCGCAGCGCAGGUGCUUCUGGGCGGCCCUCAGUCGUCGGCCCCCGAGUCGCGCUGCUGCUCGACGAGCCCCGGCUCUGCCGACGAAGCCCUGGUCGCCCAGUUGGCCGGCCUCGGCCUGGGUCCCGGCGCCAACAUGACGCCCUUGUCGCCCGGCUCGGCCGCCGCCCAGUCUGCCGCCUCGGCGCCCGCGCUGGCCGCCGUCGCCGCCGUCGCCGCCGCGGCCGCGGGUCCCUGCGCCAACGGCGUUCCGGGCGCCGGUGCGCCAGUCGUCAACGGCACGGGCACGCGCUCCCUCACCUUCACCACAGCCAGCUUCGCGCAGACAAAGUUCGGCUCGACCAAGCUCAAGACAAGCUCCAAGCGUGCCCAGAGGCUCUCGCCCACCGAGCUGAGCCUGCGGCGAGAACAGCAGCAGCAGCAGCAACAACACCAACAGCAGCAACAGCAGCAACAGCACGUCGCCCGGGCGGCGGCGGCGGUGCCGCCGCCGUCGAACGGCAACCCUCUCUCGCCGCACGACUUGUACGGAACGGCGGCGGCGGCGGCUGCCGCCGCCCUCCCCGUCGACGCGUUCGGCGAUGCAGCCGCUGCCGUCGUGGCGUCGCAGGUGGCUGCGGCAGCGGCGGCCGCGUCCUGCCCGCCGCCUCCCACGACCGCGUCGCGGUUCGCGGCGGCGGCGUCACCGUUCUUGGCGGCAGCGGCGGCGGCUGGUGGCUCGCUUCAGGGACAUCACCACCACCACCACCAUCCGCACCACCACCACCACCACCCGGCCGUGUCCGGUGCGGCCGCCGAACUCGGAGCUGCGCUCCAACAGCAUCUGCUGUUGGCAAACUAGUCGGGAGCAGCCGCCACUCGCGUCUUUUUUUUAUGUUUCGUUUCUUUUGUAGGGGGCCCACAUCUCGCGUUUGAAAAAAAAAGACGGGCUGCCGCCUGGUCAACCGAUAGGGGGUUGGUUGGUGGAGGCCGAAACUGCGGCGACACUGGUUCUUUCUUUUGAAUGUGACCGUGACAGUUGUAGACGAAACGCGGAAGACAGAGCAAAGAUGAGCAGGACCUCUAGACGCCCUGGAUAAGGGGGAAGAGAGCUGCGCUUGCUUGGAAAUUGCUGUAUUGCCGGAUAGGUUGGCUCGCUGAGUCACUAGGUUGGAGGCCCAACGGAAACACCCUGUAAGACAGCGUAGUUUUGGUGACUCCUUUAUCCGGGAGCAACAGACCGUUUCGGCGUUAACUCUCGUUUCGAGUAGUUUCGUACUCCUCAGCGUGCGUCCAACCGGAGUGAACUGUUUUUCAUUGGAGUUGUAAAGGACAGUUUUACCGCUAAGCGUGGUACCGACUGGUUGCUCCCGGAUGAUGAGUUCCCAGCACUUUCUGUCAUCUUAGAGUGAAGCACGGCAGAAACGGUCGCUUCUUCAUAGACUAAGAUGAAAAGGACAUCGUACAAAACAUGUUUUCACCGCUUGCAUAAGGCUGCUUAAAAAAGGACAGCGUUUUAUUGGACUAGAGUAUAGCCUUUUCAGGCAAGAUUAAUCUUUGAGAACGGCGGCGUAUGUUUUGGUGGCUCAAAAUGUAGGGUUGCCUGUUCACACUUCAAAAUGCUACGGUGCAGGCGCGACAAAGGAAAGUCUUUUCCCUACGAUUCCUUUUUUUUAUGGAAAGGACAUAAUUCGCAUGUUGCACUGUGGCCAGAUGGUUGACGGCGCCGAGACUGUAACGGUGUUUUAAUGAAAUCGAUAGAGUUUACCAUUGUUGAAUUGCUUUCGCUUCGUUACACGUCGAAGAGGUCACAGAGAAAGAACAAGGAACAGUCCUUUCUUGAGUGUCCUGAGAUGGAACAUUGUACAAAAUAGUCUGGUCUGAUCUGUUCGAUAUGUCAGGUUGUAGCUCUAUUCUAGAGCAAAUGUGUCUGUCCUGGCCAGAAUUGUGCCCGUAGUAUUGGCGAUGGAAUCUUCAGGAACUGUGCGUUAAAGAAAGUCGUAUGGGCGGCGUUAGUACAGUACAGAACAGAAUUGCAGGCCUUAGCUUCUACGGCUGCCAAAACUUUGUUUUCACAGAAGAGGAAGGGUACAUAAAGCAAAAAAAAAAAAGAAAAAAAAUAUAUACCAUAGAACUUGAACGUUUAUCACACGACUAUUUCAAGGUUAGUCCCGUAGAGAAGCGAUUUUUUCUUCAGCUAUUUCAGUUCAUGGUAUUGGAUACGCUCGAAAAAAGAUGGUGACUGUUAUGAAACCUUUGUAAAGAGCAGCAUGAUGAUCUUGGUUAUGAGAAUCAUGGAUGUCCUCUCCGUCAACUCAUGCAUCUCAGAGUAGCUAAAAGACAGACGCUUUCUUGCGUAACGUAAUUUCUUGCUGUAACUGUACACCUUCGCUAUUGUAUUAGACACAUCGCACAAACUUCCGUUGCAAGGCCAAUCCAUAGCGCCUGAAAUAUAUAUUCGUUAACAGGAAGACCAAGAAAAAAAAGUCUAUUUUUGACGACACAUAUGUUUUCCAGACGUAACGUUUAGAGAACCGUAGUUGCUAUUGAUGUUGGAACAUAACUGUUGAUAUUUUGGGCGUCUGGAGGUUCUUAUACGGUAUACAGAAACAAGUGCCAUCUGCUGGUAUAGACGUUUAAGUGUCAUGGCGUUGUCAGAGCGGGACUGUUCUAGCAACAAGAACGAGGCCAUAUGGAAAAUAGAAAAGAAACCACAAAAUGUGACAAAAAUAUGUCUUUAAAGACAUAUAUAAAUAGACUCCAGUGUGGAGAUAAAUGUCUGACCGCCGACAAAGUGGUGUCUAGAAGCAGAUGGCGCCAGUUUCGCCAGUGUGCACUACUAUUGCCGUGGUCGGGUCGCAGUGUUGUUGGGUGCUCAUCUCGUGGGCUAGGGGGGGAGGGGGAGCGAAAAUCUUGAAUGUUGCAACCGUGUUGUUAUACAGCUGCUGCAACCAUGGCCAUUGUAGCGAGCAGACGAUAGGAUACAAACCUGCACCUGACCUCAGGGAUGCAAGCAGACGGUCGCUUUCUAUAUUCACGCCAACGACCUGAUUUUCCUGUCGUCUGCGACAUUCGUCCUUGCAGAAGCUAGCAUAAUAAUGUGCUAACCGUCAACCGUUUUAGAGCUUUGAACCUCAUCGGUGUAGCUAUUUUUAUGCGAUGCAACAUUUCAGAGAGGUGUUCGGCUAUAAUUGUUACAAGACGAAAAGAAAGAGGCAAUCGAGAUUAGCACCCACUUAGACUAGCGAGCCAAGAGGCCUAGUCAUCUGCGGAAAACCACCCUCGUUCAAUUAUUCCGGUGGCUUGGCGUUUUUGAGAAGUGAACCAGUGAUCCUGUUUCUUUUAUAUCGUAAUAUAGAGAUCGGCACCAGCACCAUACGACGGGGACAGAGUCUGAGCAUGCCAUUUCUGACGUCAUGCACUGCCUCUGAGCUGACUGUGACGUCGCAUCCGGUGCGGUGAACUGUUGAAGUCUGGUGUGACGAGGCACACUACGCCAUGAUGGUUUCGUUCAGUGCUUCUUCGGGCACUCGCUGCCAUGGCGUCACCAAAUCUAUAAGCCAGCAAAUCGAAUGACUGAAGGUGGCGCUGUGACUUCACGCCAUCUCAGAGGACAGAGCUGAUGAAGGCGAUGCGUUGUGACGUUAAGAGGUCUAGUCAAGUGCAAAGCUACGACUCGUUCAUUACUGCCGUGACGCCACUCCGCUUAGUCCCAGCAAAGCCGGCGACGUCAUUACGUUGCAGCGACGUGUCAAGCGAGCUUUGACCCCCGCAGCCAAUGGCAUGCCAGGGUACUCAGCGGAAGUGACGUAGGUGCCCAGGCUCUGUUUCCCUCGAAUAAUUAGCCGCAUUGCCGUUGCCUGGUUUCCCCAUUUCCCCCAUUUUUUAAUUUGAGAUAUAUAUUGUGGACAACCUUUAUCACUUGCCUUUUUCCAUGUCGUUUUUUCUGUACACGUUUUUUCUACUACGAGGUGUGUCGGUGUGUUUGAUACAGAAUGACCGCCUGAUGACCGGGUUGUAUGUACUUCUCUCUACACGCACUGCCGCUGGGGGCGCUGUAGGGCGCGUUUGUUACUCAGGCCGCGCUGGUUACAGCGGGCACUAUAUAUGCUCAUUACGUGGUCUAGAGCGCAAGUAGCACAAGUAUGGCCCACCGAAAAUUGCGUUGGCUUCGUGCGCGAGAGAGCCAUAUUGUUGCACGUCAGCUAUUUCAGACGACAGUGGCUAUUCCUCUGAGCAGACGACGGUGACCGGAAUCCUGAACAUCGUCUGCUAAAGCUCGAGAAAACGCAACGGUCGUUGCUGUCAUUCGGUGCCAUUGAUGAGUCUAACAUUUCAUGUUUAGCAAGAAAAUAAAACGAAUGUAUUCCAAUAUUGAUAAUCAGAUUGCGAUAAGUAAACGGCAAGGGGCAUUAGGUCUAAUGUGAAGUAAGAAAGCACUUAAACCAUGGUGCGAGCAGACGGCCCCUUUUAGUUCUUUCCAGACGACGGGUUCCGGUACUUGAUUAUAUUUUUGUUUAGCCAGACGCACCUCGCAGCAAACCGGGCGGCAUCGCACGUAGUGUAUACCAUCGUUGUCGUCAAGCUUCGUCGUUGUAAUCGUCAUAUUUUUUAUAUCUACGAGAGAAUAAGAGUUUUUUAGGUUGUCGUUUUUUAGUUCGUUCGGGUCCGCUGCAUUUUUCGGGCAGAGGGAGCGUCAGUACAAAGGUUGGAUUUUGGUAGGCACGGAGAGGAGGGAGCCCGCGAGGGAAUGUUUUAUGUCAAGGCGGGAAGGAAGGUGCGAGACACGGAAAGGAAGAGUGUAGUGGUGGGACAGUGAGAUAGACGACGGCAAAAGAAGGAGAGAAUCUAUUUUGUGUGCGGCGCAAUAAGCACGGGGGUGCGCCUUGUGCAUCCCCGCCCCCCACCCCUAACAAUUUUGCUUCUGGGUCCGUAAAUAUGUACAUGCAUAUAUUACAUAUAUCUACUAUAUCUAUCUACGCUCCAUCGUAACACGACGGACUCACCAACAAAACCCAACGACCUCCCAAAGAAAUCCUCGACGCGUUAAGAAGGAACGGUGGGAAGGAAUGAAAAUCGGAAGCUCCUUGGUCGCACUAGUCGUUGGAACUCCGCUUUCCAUAAUCCAGCUUCAGACGAUUACCUGGAGUGCUACUUUGGACACUGUCAUCAUUCUUCUCAGUUCUGAUUGGCUCACAAGGCAGCUAUGGCUCCUAUGAUUUGCACAAAGCAGAAUUUGACAGAUUAACACUCAUGGUUUCAGAACUAUAGGGAUGGGGAUAGCUUGUCUCAAAAGUUCGCGCUGUUAGGGGGGAAACAAGAUAUUCGAGGCCUAGAAAGUAGCCGAGUAAAAGAGAUAGAAUAAAUGGAUUUAAGAAGGACGAUGACUUGGUCUGCGUGGGGAGAAAAAAUAUAUAAUAAAAGCCGUGAAGACAGAAAAGGUCUAGCAGACGCAUGCGCCAUUUGUGAGCAAAAACAAAACAAGCAGAUCACACCAGAGCUCGGGUAUUGUUGAGUGCGUUAGGCUUAAGUGUCACCUAAUAGGGUUUGCGAAUGCUCUUGUAUACAUGCCCAAAUUCUGAACGAAAAACAACGCGCGCCGCUUGUCGGAAAGCACAGUUUUGCAGGUGGUGCGAUUGAAGAGCUCCGAUCGAAAUAGUUCUACCACCUUCCUUCGGAAUCCGAUAUAACCGCCACACGGCUGCCCG